UUCAAGUUCCAACCAAAGAUGGGGGAACCAACAGAAAAGUAUGCAGUGGUGACUGGAUCAAACAAAGGAAUUGGAUUUGAAAUAGUUAAGCAGUUAGCUUCAUCUGGAAUCAAAGUGGUGCUUACAGCAAGAGAUGAACAAAGAGGUCUUCAAGCUUUGGAAACACUCAAAGCAUCUGGUUUAUCUGACUUUGUUGUUUUUCAUCAACUAGAUGUUGCUGAUGCUGCAAGUAUAGCCACUCUUGCAGAUUUUAUCAAAUCACAAUUUGGAAAACUAGAUAUUCUGGUUAACAAUGCUGGGGUUGGUGGAAUUGAUAUUAAAGAUAGUAACUUAUAUAGUUCAUUAAUCAUUACGAACGGGUUGGCACUAUCUAAUGAGGAAUUGAGAAGGACAAUGACAGAAUCGUACGAGUCAGCUAAAGAAUGCUUAGAGAUAAAUUAUCGCGGUGCUAAGCGAACAUUUGAAUGUCUUCUUCCCCUACUCCAGUUAUCAGAUUCACCAAGAGUAGUCAAUGUAUCAUCAGGAUUGGGAAAGAUAGAGUAUGUAUCAAAUGAAUGGGCAAAAGGGGUUUUCAGUGAUGUUGAAAACCUUACAGAAGAGAGAAUAGAUGAAGUGUCAAAGGAGUUUAUCAAGGAUUUUGAAGAAGGGUCUUUGGAAAGAAAAGGUUGGCCUAGGUAUUUGGCUGCUUAUACUGUUGCUAAAGUUUCAAUGAAUGCUUAUACAAGAAUUAUUGCGAAAAAAUAUCCAAAUUUUUGCAUCAAUUGUGUUUGUCCUGGUUAUGUGAAGACUGAUAUAACUGCUAAUACUGGUUUCUACACUGCAAAAGAAGGUGCUGCUCAUCCUGUUAGAUUAGCAUUGCUUCCCAAUGGUAGUCCAUCUGGUCUAUACUAUACUCGAGAUAUACUCUCGGCAUUUUGACUGAUAUACACAUAGGUGUAACGAUUUUAUACAGUUAAUAAAUUGUAAUUGUGAUUUCAACUAUAAUUUGUUUUUAUUUAAUCUUUGGAACAUACAUUUGAGGAAAAUAUCAAUAAUGGUAAGAUUCCUUCUCUCUAUAACUCCACUGUUUGGAGGCAUUUUUGGAACAGUCUUUUAAGUAGGAUUCCACGAUUAUUUUUUUUUAAUUAAGAUUUCAUUAAAAAGAACCAAAGGUUUUAAGGAGAGAUUACAAAAAGAAUGGGAGCAAAAGUCUAGGGGUGGCAAACGGGCAUGCCC